UAAAAAACGACUUCCCAUGAUGCAAAUGUUGAAAAAUUAUAUUUUCACUUUCACAUUCAUUGAUUCGAAUGCCCCACUUAACCAUAACCGGAUUUUUUUUGAAGACAUCAAGGAUUGUAACUAAAAAACAAAGAUUUGUCCUCAAGUAGUACUGGGCAGCCAUGCCUCGCUUUGUUCUGCUUGUGAGUCUCGUAGUUCUGCCUGUUCACCUUUGGGCUGCAGUCACUCAAGAUCACGCUUCAUUCCCCACAUCAGUCAAUGGAGAACCAUUCCCAUGGAACAAAAUGAGACUUCCAGACACAGUAUCUCCACUUCAUUACCAUCUUCUUAUCCACCCCAACCUUACAAGUUUAGACUUUACAGGAUGGGUGCAGAUCCAAAUUGAGGUCCAUGAAAACACCAGGAAUAUCAUACUGCACAGCAAGGAUCUUCAUGUCUCUAAUGCAAGGUUGCUAGGUUCAGACAUAGGUCAGCUACAGGCCCUGAAGGUGCUAGAGUACCCAUACUUCCAGCAGAUUGCACUUAUAUCUGAUAAUGCACUUCUGAAGAGGGGUCAUAUUUAUUCAGUUGAACUGGAGUUUGCCGCCAACCUCUCUGAAAGCUUUCAUGGAUUUUACAAAAGCACAUACCGCACCAGCAAAGGAGACAUCAGGGCUGUGGCCUCCACACAGUUUGAGCCGACUAGUGCCCGGGCAGCCUUUCCCUGUUUUGAUGAACCUGCCUUCAAAGCAAACUUUUCCAUACGGAUUCGCAGAGAGGCAAAGCAUAUUGCCCUCUCAAACAUGCCUAAGCUGAGAACAUUAGAGCUACCAGACGGCCUGUUUGAGGACCAGUUUGAUGUGAGUGUAAAGAUGAGCACAUACCUGGUGGCCUAUAUUGUCUCGGACUUUGUGUCUAUCAGCAAGAUGAGUCAGCAUGGAGUCCAGAUUUCAGUGUAUGCUGUGCCAGAGAAGAUCGACCAGGCAGAGUUUGCUCUGGACGCUGCAGUGAAGCUGCUCGACUUUUAUGAUGACUAUUUUGACAUUCCGUAUCCUCUACCCAAACAGGAUCUUGCUGCUAUCCCAGACUUCCAGUCUGGAGCGAUGGAGAACUGGGGUCUGACCACCUACCGGGAAUCAGGCCUUCUUUUUGACCCACACAAGUCUUCUGCUUCUGACAAGCUGGGCAUCACGAUGAUCAUCGCUCAUGAACUGGCCCAUCAGUGGUUUGGUAACCUAGUGACCAUGCAAUGGUGGAAUGAUCUGUGGCUGAAUGAAGGUUUUGCCAAGUUCAUGGAGUUUGUGUCUGUUAACAUCACCAAUCCUGAACUGCAAGUUGAGGAUUAUUUCUUGGGGAAGUGUUUCGAGGCGAUGGAGGUAGACUCCUUAAGCUCCUCUCACCCAGUGUCCACACCGGUGGAGAACCCUGCUCAGAUACAGGAAAUGUUUGAUGACGUUUCCUAUGACAAGGGGGCUUGUAUUCUGAACAUGCUGAGAGAGUUUCUGACCCCAGAUGACUUCAAAUUGGGCAUUGUGAGAUACCUAAAACGCUACAGUUACCAGAAUACGGUCAAUAGUAACCUGUGGGAAAGUCUGACCAAUGUGUGUGACUCUGAUGGGCUGGAUGAGGGCAGACUGAAGGGUGAUGAAUCUUGCCGGCGCACGGUCUCACACUCUGGAGCUUCUAAAUGGCACUCUGAGGAUGAGCUGGAUAUUAAGGCUAUGAUGGAGACAUGGACAUUGCAGGAGGGCUUUCCACUCAUUACGGUGGAGGUCAGAGGUCGUGAAGUCAGACUAAGUCAAGAGCGUUACCUCAAGAGUGAUGACCUCUCACAAACAUCUAGCUUUCUGUGGCACGUUCCAUUGACUUACAUUACCAGCGGCUCAACCACAGUGCACCGCUUCCUGCUUAAAACUAAAACAGACGUGUUGUAUCUGCCAGAGGAGGUGGAAUGGAUCAAGUUUAAUGUGGACAUGAGUGGAUAUUACAUUGUGCACUAUGAGGGUUCUGGCUGGGAUGACCUCAUCAUGCUACUCAAACACAAUCACACGGCGCUCAGCAGCAAUGACCGGGCCAGCCUCAUCAACAACGCCUUCCAGCUGGUCAGUGUUGGGAAGCUUCCCCUGGAUAAGGCUUUAGACCUGACCCUGUAUCUAAGCAAAGAAACUGAGAUUAUGCCAGUGACACAGGGCUUCAGUGAGCUUGUGCCUCUGUACAAACUGAUGGAGAAGAGAGACAUGGUGGAGCUGGAGAAUCAGAUGAAGGGCUACAUACUGCAGCUGUUCAGGAAGCUCAUCGACCAGCAGUUGUGGACUGAUGAUGGCUCUGUGUCUCAGAGGAUGCUGCGCAGCUACCUCCUCAUGUUUGGCUGUGUGCGGGGUCAUCCUCCCUGUGUCAGCACCGCUACACAGCUCUUCAACCAGUGGAGGGACUCAGAUGGCAAUAUGAGUCUUCCCAAUGACGUGACUAUGGCUGUGUUUUCUGUUGGCGCCCGGACUGAGGAUGGCUGGGAAUUCCUGUUUGAGAAGUACAAGGAGUCCAUGUAUGUCUCGAUGAAGAGCAGGAUAAAGAUGGCCCUCACGACCAGCCCUCUCGAUCACAAGCUAAAAUGGAUGAUGGAGCAGAGUCUGCUGGGAGAGGUGAUGAAGACUCAGGAUCUUCCAUAUGUUGUGACUUCAGUCAGCAAAAAUCCUAAGGCUUACAAACACGCAUGGGACUUUUUAAAAGCUAACUGGGAUGCUCUAAUAAAGAAGUUUGAUCUUGGCUCACACUCUGUUGCACACAUGGUGGUAGGAGUGACCAACCAGUAUUCCACCAGAGAAAUGCUAGCUGAGGUUCGUAAUUUCUUCAGUUCCUUGCGGGCUGAGACUGGAGCAGACCAGAGAUGUAUUCAGCAAGCCCUGGAGAACAUUGAAGAGAACAUUCGCUGGAUGGACAAGAACCUCCCCUUACUGAAGGCCUGGCUGCACAGACACCAUGAGCAGCACAAAAAUACAGAGCUGUGAAGCACUGCUACUGAAAAAGUCAUUGCUGUAUACAUUUUAUUUUGCAAUUUAAAAUGAUGCAUGAAUGUUGAUGAGAACAUUGAUGUGCUAAAGUGUGUGAAAUAACUGAUUCUGAAUUUGUGAAUAUAGGGUGAAUAUUUUUGAAUAGCUGUACCAUUUCUUAUAAAGGUAUGAUUUAACAUUUC